AACGUUAUUCAUGCAAUCGUAGCAAUAAUAGUGACGAAGAAGAAUACGAAGAAACACAAUCUCGAGAAUUAAACAUUAAAGGAAAAAGACUUACAGAAAAAAACUGUUCGAGUGCUAUUGCAUCUACUCUACCAUCGUGUCCUGACAACUUUGGUUUAAAUAAUAAUGUACUCUCUACAUUUAAUACACAUAAUGUCUCACAAAAAAGUUGUGGAAGCCGUUUUAAUGAGACUUUGUCAAAGAAAGGAAUGGAAAGUGUUUCAUUGUCUAAACAAAAAGAAAAGGAAGCCGAAGAAGUGGAAAACAUACCCAUAAUAUUUGAUGGAUAUGUACCGUGUAUAGAGGAUAUAAAAGAGAAUGUGAAUAUAAAACAGAAUUUACAACAAAUGGUACACAUGCAAGCAACAGUAAACAUCACGUUACAAGAUAUAAACCAACGUUUAAAAAGAAUAGAAAAAGCUAUUCUUACAAAAUGUGUAUCAAAUUUUGAUGUAAAUGAUAAUAUUAUCACGAAAUUUUUACCUUGUAGCACAGUAGAACGUAUAAAGCAAUUUGAAUCAUUAUUGAAAACUACAGAAGAGGCAGUUACUCAAUUUAGAGAGUAUUUGUUGAAAAUAGGAGGAAACAACCCUAAAGAUAAUAUACAACAAAUUUUGAAAAAAAUUUUCACGAAUGAGUGUGCUAUGAAUUGUUCCAUGAAAGGAAUUCGAAACAAUUUCCGAGUUGGUGACUUAAAUAUAAUAAAAAUUGUUAGAAGAGAUUUAACUUUACGUCACGCAAGUCUAACAGAAUCCGAUUUUGAUGGUAUAGUCGCAGAAUGGCUACGUUUUGCGAAACAAAGAAGAAAGAGAAGACAAGACUAA